AUGGCGACGCAGACGCGCAGCCCGCUAUCCUCGCCAGGAUGGGGAGCUGCACCACGUGUGCGGCCGCCCCUCCAAGUAUGCCGAGUUCGUCAGUCCGUCAGUUCGCCGGUGGGCACCGCAAGUCAGGACCCCAUCUUCCACCCCGCCUCCCACCUCCCGGCCGCCGCGCGCCUCCCUUCCCCGGCCGCGGCGCGCCUCCCACCUCCCGGCCGCCGCGUGCCUCCCUUCCUCGGUCGCCGCGCGCCUCCCUUCCCCUGCCGCCGCGCACUGUCGACGGCGGUGCGCCUAAUUUCAUCGCUCUAUGGCUCGGUGCUCACCUCAACGGCGCCGCGGACGCAGUGGCGCUACUGCAUCGCCUCCUUCCCGUGCUUACAGGUUGGCCUCCUCCUUAGCCCCUUCUGCCCCGAGGAGGACAACAUCCAGCACAGACCGUUCACCGCCACUACCCCGGGCAGUUCACCACUGUCACCCUCGGCCAUUCACCCCUGCUCCCGACUUCCCUUCCAUUCCUCAGGGUACGUCCAACGACAACGAGCAGGCGGCAAGUGUAUUGAUGAGCAGCGGGACGGUGGCAUGGAGCAGUUGAGUAGUGCUUAUAAGCUUGACAUCUUUGAUGAAUCCAACCCAAACUGAAGCAUGUCGGUGAGCCGAGGGCUGGGCCAACCGCUGUCGUUUGUCUACCUCCUACCCCGGUGAGCCCAUGCUCUUCUGCUCUUGACGCUUGAGCCGCCUGCAAUUCUUUUCUCUGUUCGAAAAUUCCCAAAUCAUCAGUACUUUGUAUCUGGAUACACCAUGUUAUUUCUGCAAAUUUCCAUUA